AUGGAGGCGGGCCGUUCCAGGUCUCUGCAGGUGAGGAUGGCCAAGGUGAAGCAGGUGGGCCUCCUGGCCGCCGGCUGCCAGCCCUGGAACAAAGACGUGUGCGCCGCCAGCGGAGACCGCUUCGCCUACUGCGCUACAUUAGCUAUCUACGUCUACCAGCUGGACCAGCAGUACAACGAGUUCAAGCUGCGCUCCAUCAUGUCGGAGCACAAGAAGACGAUCACGGCCAUCAGCUGGUGUCCCGACAACGCCGACCUGUUCAUCUCCGCCUCCGCCGACAACCUGCUCAUCAUCUGGAACGUGGCGGAGAAGAAGGCCGCCGCCCGGCUGGACAACACCAAAGGCGUCCCCGUCUCCGUCAGCUGGUGCUGGAACUCGGCGGACGGCGUGGCCUUCGUGUCGCAGCGCGGCCCGCUUUACGUCUGGGACUACCGAGGGGCCGACGCGGCGGUCACCGUCCACAAGGAGGCGCACUCCUUCCUGUCGGACAUCUGCCUGUUCCGCUGGCACCCGAGCAAGAAGGGCAAGCUGGUGUUCGGACACACCGACGGGAGCCUGUCUGUCUUCCAGCCCGGCAGUAAAAGCCAGAAGCACGUCCUGCGUCCAGAGUCCCUGGAGGGGACGGACGAGGAGGACCCGGUCAGCGCCCUGGAGUGGGACCCUCUGUCCACCGACUACCUGCUAGUGUCCAACCUCCAUAACGGCGUGCGGCUGGUGGACAGCGAGGGACUGUCCUGCAUCACGUCCUUCUGCUUCCCGUCCGCCGCCGCCUCCGUCCAGUGCCUGGCCUGGGUUCCCUCGGCUCCGGGGAUGUUCAUCACCGGCGACUCGCAGGUCGGCGUGCUGAGGGUUUGGAACGUGUCUCGCUCCACGCCGUUGGACAGCUUCAAGCUGAAGAAGACAGGAUUUCACGCUCUGCACGUGCUCAGCGCCCCGCUGGCCAAAAGACCUCAGAGCUCCAGUUCUCCCAGUAAGAGCCAGCACACCAGUUCCACCAGCGAGGCCGUCCCUCCGCCGACCCUGUCCCAGAACCGGGCCUUCUCUCUGCCGCCCGGCCACGCCGUCUGCUGCUUCAUGGACGGCGGCGUCGGACUCUACGACAUGGCGGCCAAGAAGUGGGACUUCCUGAGAGACUUGGGCCAUGUAGAAACCAUCUUUGACUGCAAGUUUAAACCCGAUGACCCCAACCUGCUGGCGACGGCUAGUUUUGAUGGAACCAUAAAAAUCUGGGACACCAACACGCUGACGGCCGUUUCCACGUCCCCUGGCAACGAAGGCGUGGUUUACUCUCUGUCCUGGGCUCCAGGAGACCUGAACUGCAUCGCGGGAGCGACGUCUCGUAACGGCGCGUUCAUCUGGGACGUCAGGAAGGGGAAAAUCAUCACCCGCUUCAACGAGCACGGAAAGAACGGGAUUUUCUGCAUAUCCUGGAGCCACAAAGACUCCAAGAGGAUCGCCACCUGCAGCGGAGACGGGUUCUGCAUCAUCAGAACCAUCGACGGGAAAAUCCUGCACAAGUACAAACAUCCUGCUGCCGUGUUCGGCUGCGACUGGAGCCAGAACAACAAGGACAUGAUAGCGACCGGCUGUGAGGACAGGAACGUGCGCGUCUACUACCUGGCCACCAGCUCCGAUCAGCCGCUCAAGGUGUUCACUGGACACCUGGCCAAGGUUUUCCACGUCCGCUGGUCGCCGCUCAGGGAGGGGAUCCUCUGCUCCGGCUCCGACGACGGAACGGUCCGGAUCUGGGACUACACCCAGGACGCCUGCAUCAACGUUCUGAGCGGACACACGGCGCCGGUCCGAGGCCUGAUGUGGAACACCGAGGUUCCCUACCUGCUCAUCUCAGGAUCCUGGGAUUAUACGAUCAGAGUGUGGGACACCAGGGACGGAACGUGUCUGGACACCGUCUUCGACCACGGAGCCGACGUCUACGGUCUGACGUGUCACCACAACCGUCCCUUCACCAUGGCGAGCUGCAGCAGGGACAGCACCGUCCGUCUCUGGUCCCUCACGCCGCUUGUCUGUCCUCUGCUGCUCAACAUCCUGACGGAGACGCCCUGGGACCGGAUCAUCGGGAACACAGACGCGGCCAUGGUCCCCGGCUCGCCGCCGCUGCUCUGUGGGAAAGUGUCCAGAGACAUCAAGCAGGAGCUGGACAAGCUGAGUGGAGACGGCCGGUCCAGGAAGCUGCGCUGGUUCUUCGAGAGUUUCUCUCCUCCAGGGGGCAGCAGCAACCUGUGGGACCUGGUGUUCGUCAUCAACGGCCAGGACGACUCGCUGCUUCCUGCCAGCUACAGCAAAGGCGUGAUGCACAUGAAACACCUGGUGAAGUUUAAGACGUCUGAAGCUCAGGAGCUGACGAUCGUUAAGAUGUCGAAGUUCGGCGGAGGAAUCGGCGCGCCGAGCAAAGAGGAGCGUCUGAAGGAAGCAGCAGAGAUCCACCUGAGGCUGGGUCAGAUCCAGAGGUACUGCGAGCUCAUGGUGGAGCUGGGACAGUGGGAGAAAGCCUUGGCGGUGGCGCCCGGAGUCUCCAUGAAGUACUGGAAGAAACUUAUGCAGAGACGAGCCGAUCAGCUGAUGGCCGACGAUAACGAUGACGCCAUCCCGUACUGCAUCGCCACCGGCGACAUUAAGAAGCUCGUAUCGUUCUUCACCAGCAGGGGGCAGCUGCUGGAGGCCCUGCUGAUCGUACAGGGAGCGUGUGAAGGGAACAUCCGUUCCCCGCAGAGUUCGUCCAUCAACCACACGGCCAACGACGUGGACAACAGGCAGCAGUACCAGAGCCUCCUUCAUCACGUCUGUAAGGAGCUGGCCGAGUGGUACUUCCAAGAUGGCUGCUCCGUCCUGGCCGCAUGCUGCCACCUGGCGGUCGACAACAUCCAGUCGGCCAUGGCCAGCCUGAUCCGGGGAAACGAGUUGGAGCUGGCUGCGUGCGUGGGACUGGUCCUGGGAGAGGCAGCCAAUCAGAGCACAGGUUACUGCCUGGAGCUGUUGGCCAGGAAAUACAUGACGGCCCCAACAUGGGAGCUCUCCGCCGACCUGCUGCAGAUGAUCCCUGAUAAUCACGUCUUGCUGGCCAAGCUGUGCGCCUUCCACCCAGGAGGUGCUGCAGAGAUCAACCAGCUGCACCAGCGGUGCGGCCUUCCCUCCCUGGAUGAGUGCUCGGAUCUGGCAGUAGCCGCGGCGGCCGACGGCGAUCUGUUCUCCGCCGUGAAGUUCCACCUGCUGAGCUCUGAGCCUGAACUCGCCCUGCAGAUGGGCCUCAGCUUCCUGAAAGAGCAGCUGGCCGGAUCUGAUUGGACGGUGGACGGCGUUCAGCCAAUCCUGGACCUGCUGAGCUACAUCCGGACCGACCGGCUCGUCCUGCCCAGGCUCACCCAAGAGCGCAGUGAGCUGCUGAUCCUGUGCGGUUACAUCGGAGGCCUACUGGCCAUCAGACGGAGCUACUGCAGCAUCGUUCCUGCUCUCUACGAGUUCACCAGCCAGCUGCUGAAGCGGCGGGAGGUCGGCGUUCCUCUGCAGAUCCAGCAGCUGUCGGCGGAGCUGGAGGCGUGGCGCGCGGCGACGCAGCCCGGCAGUCCUCCAUCAGAGAGUCAGAGGGAAGAGUUCAGCCGCCUGCAGAGGAAGAUCCAGCCCACCGAACCAGGCGCGCUGGUUCUGGUCGGACCCGACUACGUAACGGGCUCCAACCUGCCGAGCCAUUCGGACCUCCACCUGUCCUGCUUCACCGGACACAGGAUCCAGGGUCCGGUGUUCCUGCUGGAGGACAACAAGUCGGCCAUUUCUCUGAACGACGCUCUGAUGUGGGCCAAGGUCAACCCGUUCUCCCCGCUCGGAACCGGGCUGCGGAUCAACCCGUUCUGACCUCGACCGGACCGGACGCAGAGGGGGCAGAACCAGUACCGGGCUGAACAGAACUCUUACUGCUCCUGAUCAUGUCACAGUACAGAGAAAGUUGCACCCGCUGCAAACAUUACAGAACCAGAACCAGCAGAACCUCCUGCUGCUUCUGUUCUAGUUCUGCUGGUUCUGCUGGGUCCGGUUCUGUCCCAGAAGUCUCGUCCUCCAUCCAGCUGCAGCUCUGCUGACCUCCGUCCGGCUGCCAUCUUGUUUCUGGAGAGAAGAGGCUUCCAGGGUGGUGACCUUUGACCUGCUAGCUGCUGUAGGGUCAGAGGUGAAGCUCCGGGGUUUCUGGUUGUUUCUUUGAACCUCCCGGGACUUCAGAUGACCUCUGACCCUUCCCAGGUUGAAGGGUCACACUUUGCUGACGUCUCUCCAGCUUGGCAUCGUGUGGAAACAAACCAGGAAGCAGCAGAGCACUUCCUGUUUCCUGUUUCGAUGAGGCCAGGGGCGUCUGUAACGAGGGCAGAGCGGGCGGCCGUGGCCCCCGGGGGGAAGCUGGUCGCCCUAAAGAAUCAUGUUCACACAAACAUUAAUAUAAAACCCAGAACACUAAUAAAUACCAAUUAGUUUAUUAUUUAUUGGUUUAUUUAUUGGUUCACACUCAGCCGGGUGUUCAUGAUGUUUUCUAGUGAAAUUAAACUGAAUUUUCUAGUGGGUGAAACGCAUCAAAGUGUUUUAUUUUCCCAGCUAGCCGGCUGGGUUUGGACUAGGCCAGAGUCCAGAGACCAAUCAUAUUUAACUGUUUAAUUAUAAAUAUGGAUCUGAGGCUCAUUAAAACGGGAGAGACGGCCAUCUUAAUUUUCCAGCUGCCUCUUUCUGCUCCUCCUGGUUUGGUUCAUGUGAAAUUAUUGAAUCAUACUGAAGAUUUCCUUAAACUCCUGAUGAUGUAUUAUGUUGAAACUGGGAGUUUGCUUCCUCUGUACUGCGACUUUAAGAGGUCAGCUGCAGGCUGGGGCUUUUUUAGACCUGGUGUAGCUGUGACGUGACCUCUGACCUCUCAGUUUUUGUUUUCCAGCUGAGCGUGUACAUAGAGGCUGUAAAUCUGGUUGUUAGACUGGAAAAACAAGAAAACUGGAAUAAAGGGGAAAGAUGGCAGACUCUGUUUUUUAGAUUCAGACUUUUUACACGUUUAUGUAAAAAAUAUCAGAAACAGUUAAAGUAACGUAAUCAGAGGAAAAUGAAACCAGUUGAAUCCAGACUGGAGAAAAGAAGAACAAAUAAAGCUGCAUCUAUUUUUAAAAUCUGAAUAAAAAGAAUGACUGCGUUGG